AUGCUGCCGUUGACGCUCCUGAAGACGUCGUGCGGACGACCGAUGCUCGUGGAGCUGAAGAACGGCGAGACGUAUAACGGAACGCUGGCGUCGUGCGAUACGUGGAUGAACGUGCACCUGAAAGAGGUGAUCUGCACCUCCAAGGAUGGCGAUCGGUUCUGGCGCAUGGAGGAGUGUUACGUGAGAGGGAACACGAUCAAGUACGUGUGCGUCCCGGAUGAGGUGUUGGAUAAGGUGAGAGAGGAGAUGAAGAAUCGACCGCAGCGAGAGUCGAGGGGCGACGGCGGUAGGGGCGGGAGAGGCGGCCGCGGCCGCGGCGGGAGAGGCGGCCGCGGGCGCGGGAGAGGCGACGCGGACGAGUCCUAA